GAGUCACUGCUUUAGAAAGCUGUUUACUUAAAUGCCAGAGCUUCUGCAGCUGAAGUCUAACAGCACUCCCAUUCUUCAAUCAUUCCUGAAAAUGCAUUCAUUUAUAUUGUACUGACUUUGACGGGGUUAGACACGGGUGGAAGCGUUGCAGAGCAGCAAUUUUGUGGACAUCUGAACUGAAGCUAAAGAGACCAAAUGUGAUUCUGUUCUAGAACAAAAAAAAAAGGAAUAUUUGGCUGUACAUUUUGCGUAUUUGUAUCAAUCAAAUACGCAGAAAAAUUGAGAAUUGCUGUUUGAUGCAUUUUGACUGAAGUGGGUAUCAGCAAGGAGUCUUAUCGCUAGAGAUGGAGCAGAAAGUAAGCAAACUCGGCUUUGGUUUUCAACGCAGUUCUACUUCAGACGAUGAUUCUGGCUGUGCUUUGGAAGAGUAUGCCUGGGUUCCCCCUGGUCUUAGGCCAGAACAGGUACAGCUGUACUUUUCCUGUCUGCCUGAUGAAAAGGUUCCUUAUGUGAACAGUCCUGGAGAGAAAUACAGAAUCAAACAGCUCUUGUACCAACUGCCUCCUCAUGAUAAUGAGGUAAGAUAUUGCCAGUCCCUUAGCGAGGAGGAAAAGAAAGAGUUACAGAUGUUCAGUACACAGCGCAAAAAAGAGGCACUUGGGAGGGGCACGAUUAAACUGCUUCCAAGAGCACUGAUGCACACAGUCUGUGAACAGUGUGGAGAGAACAUCAGUGGAGGUGAAAUUGCAGUCUUUGCAUCAAGAGCAGGUCCUCAGCUCUGUUGGCAUGCAGCAUGUUUUGUUUGCGCAACCUGCAAUGAGCACCUUGUUGAUCUCAUCUAUUUUUACCAAGAUGGAAAAAUUCACUGCGGCAGGCACCACGCUGAACUUCUGAAACCCCGCUGCUCCGCAUGUGAUGAGAUAAUCUUUGCUGAUGAGUGCACAGAAGCUGAAGGCCGUCACUGGCACAUGAAGCACUUCUGCUGCUUUGAGUGUGAAACUGUUCUGGGUGGGCAGAGGUACAUCAUGAAGGAUGGACGUCCAUACUGUUGUGGCUGCUUUGAAUCCCUUUAUGCAGAGUAUUGUGAGGUCUGCGGAGAACAUAUUGGUGUCGAUCAUGCCCAGAUGACUUAUGAUGGACUACAUUGGCAUGCUACCAAAACAUGCUUCUGUUGCUCCCAGUGCAAGACCUCAUUGUUGGGAUGCCCAUUUCUGCCCAAACAAGGAAGGAUUUACUGCUCCAAAGCCUGCAGUGUGGGGGAAGACAUUCAUGCUUCUGAUUCCUCCGACUCUGCUUUUCAGUCUGCAAGGUCGAGAGAGUCCAGGCGUAGUGUGCGUAUGGGCAAAAGCAGCAGAUCCGCUGAUCAGUGCAGACAGUCCUUGCUGUUCUCUCCGGGUGUCGACUACAAAUUUCCAGGCUUUUCUGGCAAUGCUGAAGACACUUUGUCUCGUAAAUUGGACGGCCUAAGUCUCUCUCCGCAAGAAACCAACCUAACGGACGAUCAUUUUUGGAAGAACCGUGAGGAACAGGAGGCCCCUGAGGACCACGAAGAAUGGGCUGAGCAUGAGGACUACAUGACACAGUUGCUUCUGAAGUUUGGAGACCGGGGCAUUUUCCAGCAGUCUGAGGACACUAGACAGACAGACCUAUGGGUGUCUGACAAUGGGAUGAAAGUGAAAUCUGAAUCCAAAACCAAUAGCCAAAAUCAAAGCCUUGCAAGCAAGAAAUACCAGUCUGAUAUGUACUGGACUCAGUCACAAGACGGCUUGGGGGAUUCGGCUUAUGGUAGUCACCCAGGACCCGCCAGCAGUAGAAAGAUCCAAGAGCUAGAGAUGGACCAUGGUGCAGCUAGCUAUAAACAUGACCAAAAGCAGUGGUAUGACGACUCCUUAGAAUGUAUUACAGAUGAACUCAAACAGCCUGAACACAGUGUUGGAGACUCCAUGGAUUCUUUACCUCUAUCUAAUAUUAUUGGAGUGUCAGUGGAUGGAGAUAGCAAGAAGAGGCCUUCCUUGUAUUCUCUGCACAACUUCCAGGAACUUGAAAAUGAGGACUGUGAAAAAAUGACCAACAUGGGUACAUUGAAUUCCUCAAUGCUUCACAGGAGUGCCAGUUCCUUAAAGAGCCUGACUUCUGAGCUGGAGCAGGAAGAAGUGUCGCUGCCAGAAGAAAAACCAAAGCCAAUUCACAUGCCGAUGCUUCGCAGAUCCAAGUCUCAGUCGAGGCCCCAGCAAGUGAAGUUUUCGGAUGAUGUCAUUGACAAUGGACGUUAUGAGACGGCUGAGGUCCGCCAGCCUCCAAUGAGUGAAAGGACUCGUCGACGGGCCUAUCACUUUGACGAGCCGGGCCAGCGACCACGCCAUCAUCACCAUAGGCACAGGAGGAGCCGGAAAUCUCGUUCUGACAACGCACUUCACCUGGCAGCGGAAAGGAAGCCCCACCCCAAAGAGAGAUCCCAUAUUUACAACCCAGAGGAUUAUGACAAAAUGAUGCAGACCAAGUGUCAACGGAGCGCUCGGGCCUGCAUGCACAAUCCACAGCUGUAUGGACCGUAUUCCCAUGCCACAUCUGAUCAUGCACUGCAGAACCAGGUGGUGGAUACAUUUCUUGGGCUGUAUGGAGAUGAGGAAUCCUGGUGCUCCACCUGUUCUUCUUCAUCUUCUGACUCUGAAGAAGAAGAAGGGUAUUUUCUUGGGCAGCCCAUUCCACAGCCCAGGCCAUCACGAUACAAUUAUUACACAGAUGACCUUACCAGUCCAUUGUCGGUGUUGCCAGCAUCCCAAUGUGGGAAAAGGACAACUAAAUCAAAGAAGAAGGGACGCAAGGGCAAAAACUGCAUCAUUUCAUAGACCAGUGUAUUAAGGAACCUAUUUUACCCCUUGUACCCCAGCGGUAGUAUUUAUGUUGCACUGAAAUUGAAUAACAAAGCAGUUUUUUUCAGUGCAGCUGUUACUUUUUUUUUUAACCAGGUUUACAGUCUGUAUGAGUAUUUAAAAUGAUAUAUAGUUACCACAGUUGAUCAUGUAACAUGUUGUUAAUGUAUAUGUUCUUUCAAGCAAACCGAUGAAGACUCCCAAGGGUGUUCUGGUUAAAAAUUAGGCUACAUAGAGCAAGAAUUAAACACAGCAGCAUUUAGUAAUUUCCUAUACUUUUGUAUUUAUAAUGUAGCUAUUAGUGACUAACUGUAAUCAUAAUUUAAUGGUGCAAAUAUUAAUGUACAUAUUGUAAAGUUAAGAUUUUAAAACUGAUAUUUUUAUAUCCCUGAAUUACAAGAGAUUUCUGUUUUGUUGUAAGAAAUAGAAUUAAUAGUGCAGCCAGCCAGCUGCCUUUCAGUUUGAAAUGAUUGCCCUUUUGUUAGUCAGGGUUUAAAAAUGUAUAGUGUAGUAUGUUGCCAGCAAAGAUGUUUUGGUGUUCUGUUGCUAGUUACAUUUUAACAGCUUUUUUUGGUAUUGUAUGUCUGUAGAGAACCGUAUGUGAUGGGGCAGUGCAAAUACCCCAGUAAAUAACCAAGGCCUUGUUCGAUCACAGGACUUCAUUUACGGGUUAAGCAUUGUAAACAGAUAAAUGUAAUUUUUGUAUAAAUGUAAAAACUGGAACAUAUUGCUAAGGCUAAUAAAAGCUGAUAUUGUGAUGUUGGAGACCUGUUAACCUGUUUUUAUUAAAUCUUUUAAUACUGCAAUGCUUUCAAUGGAAAUUCCAUUUUAAAGUUUAGUCAUUUUUCUCAGUUUUGUAGUAAUAUCAUGCUCAUGACUGUCAAAUGACAAAUUUCAGUUAGCUGUUGUAGAUUUAGUGACUUGCAUGCAGAGUAUGUGCAUUAAUACAUUACAUAUGGAUUUUAUUGUUGAAAAUUAGCCAAAUGAAUUGGACUUGGAUUUAAUAUUGUGUAAGUUGUUUUCUGUGUAAGUGUGUUGUUUUUUUUUAUUUAUUCUUUAUAAAGGAUCUAUUUUCCUAACAGAAGAAAGUUUAACUCUCCUGAUGACCAUGCAGAAACCAAAAAAAGUUUGAACAUGACAUGGUAUUAUACGUUAUGCAAUACUAAAAGAAACUUAGAUUAUUGUGUGACAAUGAAGACAUUGAGGUAGACCUGUAGUCCAAACAUGUAAGUAAUCUUUUUUAGCACUUGACACAAUCACUUGGCUUGACUUAUUUCAAAACAGUAGUAAUAUAAAAGCAGUAAGCUGCUGAUCUAAUAGUCCACAGAUUGUGAGCCAGAAUGGUCUAAAAUUACUCAAAUUGUCAGUCUAUGAAAUCUACCAAAAUAUGUGUCUUCGUUACCAAGAAUUUACCCCUCCACUGUGUCCACCUCCGGUCCUGGAGUGCUGUUCCAUCGCCAGUUUAAUAUGUACGAUUACUAUGCUUUAGGAUCUGGUCAGAGGUUUAACUGCUAAAAUUUAACAGCUAAGGGCAUGAUUGGAACAAAGACCUGGACUUGAAGUGCUGGCAUUGCCUAACCCGGCUGUACAGUGCUUCACAUCAAAAGCAGACAAGUGUUUUUGGCUAAUGCCAGCAUCAGGGAUUCAAUAUUAGUCAAAAUGAUUGUCAACUUGGCUUGACUUAUUUCAGAACAGUAGUAACAUUAAAAAGCAUAUGUGCUUUGCAUUUUGUUACCUUCAUUUAGUGAUUCCAAAUGAUUGUAAAAACUAGAGCUAAUGCAUUGUGUUGGGGACUGACAAGUCUUGUGUCCGCUUCAUGGCAUUUCAUUUCAGUUGCAAUGGGUUAAUUAGACUCUGAUGGCUAAUUUUAUUGUUGCUUUUGAUGCCUGGAAUGUCUACAUAUGCCAUUAUGUCCUUUCAUUUUAAUACAUUGCAUUUCCAAGCCAUUGAGGAACCAGCAGAGUGUGGCUCCUCGUAAGAUGGAAUGUCACUGUUAGACUUCUCUUCAUUGCGUUCCCGUUUUUUGAAUGCUAAUGGAAAAUGUGUUUGGAAUUAUUCAUUUUCAAACUACAGGAUAACCUACAGAAAAGCAACCUGUUAAAUCUUAGUCAGAAGUAAUAUUUUUCACCAUUUUAAAAGGUGAACCACAUAAAUUAGAACAACUUUUGCAAGUAAAGCAACACUACAAGGACAGCUAAAGCUGGAAAAUAAUAAAAAUUAUAA